AUGUUAGCCAUAAAGAAUUUUAGGUAUCGGUUAAUUAAUUCUUCUAAUUUAUUAAACGUUGUGACGAAAAUCACGACGACACACUCAAUUCGUUUCGAUUCGAAUAAAAUAAAUGAUUUUAAUGAAAAGGAAAAUGCAAUUAAUAAAAAUAAAAAAAGUCAUAAAAAAUUAAAUAUAAAAUCAAGCUCCGAUAGAGAUACUUCGAAAGCGAAAGCUAAACUUAAAGAACUACUUGAAAAUUCUCUUUCAAAUAAUGUGUUCGCAUCAGAAAAUACAAAAACAAAUGUUUCUGUACCAAAACCAGUAAGAGAUAAAAGAAAAAAAUUCACUGGUAACAAAUUAAAUGUUGCUGCUGAAAAUGUUUCAAAAGCAUUUGGAAAAAAUCAUUUGAAUAUAAAAAAUGAUUUAAUUAAUAGGAUAAAAACAAUUAACUCGAGUGUGGGGAAUUUGAAAGAAAUGCAAAAUGAUAUGGAUCCUCUUAAUCAAGAAGAAAAAAAAAUAACAUCUAAAAUGUUAAAUAUAUUACAAGAUUUAGAAAUUUCACAAGAAAUAAGUAGUGAUGAAACUCCUAUUUUGGGAAUAUUUCAACAACCUAAACCAGAAGAAAUAAACAACAUAGAGAUGACAUUAUGGAAUGAAUUAGAAAGAGAGGAAUUACAUUCACUUGCUUUACAACCACCUAGAAAUCAAUAUGAAGAAUGGAUCGAUUGGACAAAUCAAGGAAAACUCUGGCAUUUUCCAAUAGAUAAUGAUCAAGGAAUGGAAAGAGAAUUUGAAGUACCUUUUACAAAACAUGUUUUCUUGCAUGAACAUUUAGAAGGAUGGUGUCCCAGUUCGGGUCCUAUUAGAGAAUUCAUGGAUUUGGUUUUAAUUGGUUUAUCGAAAAAUCCCUAUUUAAGGUAA